AUGCUCGGCCUCCGUAGUUGGGUCUCCCAGGCUGUGGUGGCAUCCUUCAUAGCAGGAGGUGUAGCUGGCGCGGUGUCGAGAACGGUAGUCAGUCCGCUGGAGCGGUUGAAGAUCCUGCUGCAGGUGCAGACGCAGAACACAGAGUACAAGAUGAGUGUACCCAAAGCGUUGGCGAAGAUAUGGCGGGAAGAGGGCUUCAGAGGGAUGAUGGCCGGUAAUGGCGUGAACUGCAUACGCAUUGUGCCUUACAGUGCGGUGCAGUUCGGCAGCUACAACCUCUACAAGCCGUACUUCGAAGCCUCACCCGGUGACGCACUAUCGCCCCAACGCCGCUUACUCUGCGGUGCCCUGGCGGGCAUUACAUCCGUAACCUUCACUUAUCCCCUCGACAUCGUACGCACGCGCCUCAGCAUCCAAUCCGCCUCCUUCCAAAAUCUAAAGCGGGAAGCCGGCAAGAAGCUACCCGGGAUGUGGGAGACGCUUGUCCAAAUGUACAAAACCGAAGGCGGUUUCGGGGCGCUGUACCGCGGUAUCCUGCCGACCGUGGCAGGUGUCGCGCCCUACGUCGGCCUGAACUUCAUGAUCUACGAGUCUGUGCGCGAGUAUUUCACGCCAGACGGUUCCUCGAACCCGGGUCCUGUCGGCAAACUGGCGGCAGGUGCCAUCAGCGGAGCAUUGGCUCAGACGUGCACAUACCCUUUCGACGUCCUGAGACGAAGAUUUCAAAUCAACACCAUGUCCGGCAUGGGCUACCAGUACAAGAGUAUAUGGGAUGCGAUACGCGUCAUUGUCGCGCAAGAGGGUGUUCGAGGCUUGUACAAGGGAUUGUACCCGAACUUGCUCAAGGUCGCGCCGAGUAUGGCGAGUAGUUGGCUCAGCUUUGAGAUGACGCGGGAUUUCUUGGUAAGCAUGAAGCCGGAGGUGAAUGGAUAUCAAGAGCGAUAG